AUGAAAAUUUUGCUGCUGACGAUAUUUCUGGGCCUGCUGGCCACGGCGAUCAGCAAGGAGGAGAAGAAAAAGGACGCCGAGCCUCAGGAGUCCAACGUAGAGAAGAAACAAGACAAACGGGGACUCAGUCAUCUCGAAGGUGGCUACGAUGGCGGCGACUACGGCGGAGGACACGAGCUAUCCGGAGGAGACGGUGGCGGUUACUCGUCCGGUUAUGGCGGCGGAUACUCUGAUUACGGGGGUGGUUACGGAGGUGGUUACGGAGGCGGUGGCGGCGGCGGCGGCGGCGGCGGCGGCUACGACGAGGGUAGCAAAGUAAAAGAGAUCACAAUCGUGAAGAGCGUCAAGGUCCCGUACCCGGUCGAGAAGAAGGUCCACUACCCCGUGGAGAAGCAAGUACUCUACCCCGUUAAGGUACCGGUACCACAGCCCUACCCUGUCGAGAAGAAGGUACCGGUCCCGGUGAAGGUUCUCGUCAAAGUUCCCGUGCACAUACCCCAGCCCUAUCCGGUGGAGAAGAAAGUGCCGUAUCCGGUCCAGGUCCCGGUAGAGAGGCCGGUGCCCUACAAGGUCUACAUCCCUCAGCCCUACCCGGUGGAGAAGAACGUCCCGUACCCGGUCAAGGUACCGGUACCACAACCGUACCCGGUCGAGAAGCCUGUCCCGUACCCGGUGAAGGUCAUCGAACACGUGCCGCAACCGUUCCCAGUCGACAAACCGGUGCCCUAUCCGGUGAACGUGCCCAUCGACCGACCGUACCCGGUCCACGUACCCAAACCGUACCCGGUCCCCGUCGAGAAGCAUGUUCCAGUGCCAGUCGUGAAGACGGUACCCUACCCGGUCAAGGUUCACGUCGACAGACCAGUAGGAGUGCCCGUCGAGAAACCGGUGCCCUACGAAGUCAAGGUGCCCGUUCCUGCGCCGUACCCCGUCGAGAAGCCCGUUGCUGUACCGGUGGAGAAACCAGUGCCCUACGCGGUCAAGGUACCCGUCGAGCGACCCGUGCCCGUCGAAGUCUCGAAGCCCGUGGCUGUGCCUGUGGCCAAACCCGUGCCCUACCCGGUUAAGGUACCGGUCGCCGUAUCCGUCCACGGUUACGGCGGUGGUUCCGGCGGAGGAGGUUACGGCGGUGGUUCCGGCGGAGGAGGUUACGGCGGUGGCUACGGCGGAGGAUACGGCGGAGGCUCCGAGGGCGACUACGAGUCCAGUUACGGAGGUCACUACUAA